GGAUGUGCAUUGCCAGCUCCUUCCUGUCCAUUCAAUACUAAUAAACAAAUUUAAACCUCACUGCUUACUUUCUUUCCCCAUAUGAAUUAUUAAAGCAUGGAUGUUGUUCCGUGUUUAAUACUAUCUCCAUAUUUUUUUUUUGGCACUUUCUCAACCCAUCCCUUUACCCUUUCAUUCCAUCGAUCUUGUCUGUCCCUGUUAAUAUAUUUUCACUUCUAGUUCCUUCCUAUACUACUCUGCAUAAGAAAUCUCAAGUAGUGAAUCAAACACCACUGCUUUUGAAGAGGAAGAAUGAUUCAAAGAAUAAGCGCAGGCUUUGGCAAUCUGGUUCAAUCGUUUCGAGUUGCUUCUUCUUCCUCCAAGAUUGGAUGUUACUAUGGAUUUUCAUCUCAGGCUUCAUCUUCUCUGCAACAAAUGUGCGAACCAUCUAUUUAUCGAGAUGAUGACUACGCUGAUUUGGACUGGGAUAAUCUUGGAUUUGGUAUAAUGCCAACUGAUUACAUGUACCUUAUGAAAUGUUCUAACGGAGAGGAUUUUGAACAAGGUCAACUUAAUCGUUAUGGAAACAUUGAGUUGGGCCCUGCUGCUGGAGUUCUGAAUUAUGGGCAGGCAGUGUAUGAAGGUACAAAAGUACAUAGGAAAGAAGAUGGGCGGCUUCUUCUCUUCCGUCCAGAGCAGAAUGCGAUUCGCAUGAAAUUUGGAGCGGAGAGAAUGAGCAUGCCAUCACCCUCCAUUGAUCAAUUUGUAGAUGCUGUGAAGCAGACUGUCCUAGCCAACAAGCGUUGGGUUCCUCCUCCAGGAAAAGGGUCUCUGUACAUUAGGCCUCUGCUCAUGGGAAGUGGUCAAAUAUUGGGUUUGGGUGCAGCACCUGAAUACACUUUCCUAGUAUAUGUUUCCCCUGUUGGCAACUAUUUCAAGGAGGGUUUUGCACCCUUGAACUUGUAUGUUGAGAAAGAGUUUGAUCGUGCCUCUCGUGGUGGAACUGGAGGUAUCAAAUCAAUCACCAACUAUGCCCCUGGUUUGAAAGCAUUGACUAAAGCAAAGAACAGAGGAUUUUCUGAUGUCUUAUAUCUAGACUCAGUGAAUAGGAAAAAUAUUGAGGAGGUCUCCUCUUGUAACAUUUUUAUUGUGAAGGGCAAUGCUAUUUCAACUCCUGCAGUAAAUGGGACCAUUCUUCCAGGAGUCACCCGUAGAAGCAUCAUUGAGAUUGCUCUUGAUCAUGGUUACCAGGUCGAGGAACGUGUUAUUCCUAUUGAUGAAUUGAUUGAUGCCGAUGAAGUUUUCUGCACAGGAACUGCUGUUGGUGUUGCUUCUGUAGGUAGCACUACGUAUGAAGGGAAAAGGAUUAAAUUUAAAACGGGUGCUCAGACUGUGUCCCAGGAGCUAUACUCAACCCUUGUAGGAAUAAAAACGGGUUUGAUUGAGGAUAAGAUGGACUGGAUAGUAGAGAUAGAAUAGUGACUAUACCAAAAUAUUGUCAAAAUUGUUGCUCUUUGGAACAGAAUUUGUAAAAAUAAACCAAUUUCAUAAUUCACAAUCUAUAUAUCCAAAAUUGAAUGUGUUUGGUGUUUAGCAUU